AUGGUCGACUGUAUGAGCAAAGUCAUGCUGCACACGGUCGUCUCAUGCUGGCAACCAUUCCUGGGACUGGCCCUCGUGGCUGUCUUUGUGGGUUCUACCCUGGGAUGUCCCUCGCGCUGCGAGUGUUCGGCGCAGAGCAAGGCGGUUGUCUGUCACCGCAAGCGCAUGCCAAACAUCCCGGACGGCGUCCCAACAGAGACCAGGAUCCUGGACCUGAGUAAGAACAAACUUACAAUGAUCAACCCUGAUGACUUUAUUGCCUUUCCUGGGCUUGAGGAACUUGACCUCAGUGGAAAUAUUAUCAGUUAUGUUGAGCCUGGAGCCUUCAACGCCCUGUUUAACAUGCACUCGCUCAGUCUCAAGAGCAAUCGUAUCAAACUCAUACCUCUAGGCGUCUUCACAGGCUUAACAAAUCUUACCCGACUGGAUAUAAGUGACAACAAGAUCGUCAUCCUCCUGGAUUACAUGUUCCAGGACCUGCACAAUCUAAAGUUUUUGGAAGUGGGUGACAAUGAUCUGGUUUACAUUUCUCACCGUGCUUUCAGUGGACUUUUAAGCCUGGAGAUACUAACCUUAGAAAGGUGCAACCUUACAGUUGUACCCACUGAGGCCCUUUCCCACCUCCACAACCUGGUCAGCCUCCAUCUAAGAUACCUCAGCAUCAGUACCUUGCAUCCAUACUCAUUCAAAAAGCUGUUCCGGCUGCGACAUUUAGAAAUUGAUAAUUGGCCAUCACUAGAUCAUGUGCCAGCCAAUACCUUGCACGGCCUCAACCUGACCACUCUGUUCAUAACCAACACCAACUUGUCCUCCUUCCCGUACCAAGCCUUGAAGCAUCUGCCCUACCUGACACACCUCAACCUGUCCCACAACCGAAUCAGGCACAUUGAAGGGGGAAUGCUGAUGGAACUGGUUCGGCUUCAAGAGCUCCAUCUGGUGGGAGCUCAGCUAACCACCAUUGAACCGUAUGCCUUCCAGGGCCUACGGGGGCUCAAAGUCCUCAAUGUGUCUCACAACCGACUGGAUACGCUGGAGAAAGGUGUUUUUCAGUCUCCUGAGGCUCUCGAGGUUCUUUUGAUUGACAACAACCCCCUGGUGUGUGACUGCCGCCUCAUGUGGAUCCUACAGAAAAGGCACACCAUCUUCUUUGGGGAUUCACAGCCAGAGUGCAGCACACCCGAAGGUAUUCGUGGCAGGCCUUUUAAGGAGUUUAAGGAAACUCUCCUGUCUUAUUAUGUGACAUGUACCAAGCCAAAGAUCCGUGAGAAUAAAACUCAAACGAUCACCGUGGAUGAGGGCCAGCAGGCAAUGUUGCGCUGCAGUGCUGAGGGGACACCGAGGCCCACUGUAUCCUGGUUGUCCCCACGUCGACGAGUUUUGACAAGUAGGAGCCAUGGUAGAGUAGCCGUCCACAACAAUGGUACACUGGAGAUCAAGUCAGCAGAGGUACAAGACAGCGGUGUGUAUCUUUGUCUUGCCUCCAACACUGCUGGGAAUGACACCCUGAUGACUACAUUGGCGGUGAAAAGUCUGGGAUCGCUGUAUGCCAACAGGACCCAGUACUACACAGAUCCCAGCAACACCACUGCCAAUGGGACUGCCGGCGUGACCCUCGGGUUAGACCUAAAGACUAUUUUAGUGUCAACAGCUAUGGGCUGUUUCACUUUCCUUGGAGUUGUCUUGUUUUGUUUCCUGCUCCUUUUCGUGUGGAGCAGAGGGAAAGGAAAACAUAAAAACAACAUAGAUGUUGAAUAUGUGCCUCGGUCAAAGUCUAACGGUACUAACGUGGACUCGGCAGAGGGACAAGCUGGUCCUCGUCGUUUUAACAUGAAAAUGAUGUGA